AUGGCGAGCUCAAAGCGAGCGCGCGCCCGCAGAUCCCAUGUACUGGGUGGCUGCAGUACUUGCAGACGGCGACAUGUCAAAUGCGAUCAGAAACGUCCGGCAUGCCGGACUUGCCGAGCUCUUGGGGUUACAUGUGAAGGAUUUCCCGAUCAAGUCCUUUGGAUGCGUGAUGAUGAGCUCGGCGAUGUCGAUGGGAGCCACCGUGGCACUCGCCGACAUCUCUACACAGAGGAAUCUCGGCUGGCUAUGAGCACGGCCCUCGGAAGCAAUCUGAUUUCUGGUUCUAUUGAUGCAUCCUUGGCCGAAGUCGACACAAGAUCGCGAGACCCAGAUCGGUCACUCAAUCAUGACAUUGUCAUCGGUCCCUUUGCAGUCCUUGACUUUACAGGAUCGGCCUCAGAACAUCCAGCAGAAGAAGAUUCUGUGGCAACACAGGAGAAUGAACCAGCUUCUAUCGAUCCAUUGCCUGUUGGAGACUCGAUAGAUCCAAUCAUUCCUUUGGAAAUUCUGGAUUCCAGCCCGGUGUCAAUAAUUGACUCACUAUCUCAAAUGGACGAUUUCCUACAUUGGUCCGACCUUCUUAGCUUCAGUCCUGACCAAACAGGAUUCGCGACUCAUCCAACUCUAACUAUGCCUAACGAUUUAUCAUUUGAUCUCACGAACGAUGCCCUACUUCUUCAGAAUUUCGCUCAAGGCCCAGAAGAUCCCAUGCAAAGGAUGACUCCUCGGCAAACUCCAAUAGAGAUGGCCUCCAUGGAAACAGACGUAUCGAAGGAGGCUCAAUUCCUACUAAAACACUUUCAAGAUAUUGUUAUUCCUCAAAUAAUGGCUAUUCCAUUUGGCCAGAAGUCCCCAUGGAAAAUUUUGAACCUACCAGCGGCGGUCGUGGCAUUUGGCGACACAACCUUCCUCGGAACAGAAGGGAUAAGCCAUGCUAGACUUGCGAAUCUUUAUGGCCUUCUUGCGUGCUCAGCUAUUGAUCUGGCCCUAAAGCCACCAUCAGACCCGACACAAUCUACCGAGCAUUGGCUUCGGAUUGCAAACCAGACAUAUCAGAAAGCAAAAGACCAUAUCCAGACGUCUUUACAGUACGAGACCCAGGGCCCAAAGAAGGCAAAAUACAAGGACCAGCUUAUGGCUGCCAAUAUUCUCACACAAUAUGCAAUUCUAUCCGGGCAACAACAGCAUGCUCGCUGCUUUUUGAUCGAUGCAGAAAGGCUGCUACGUCUCCGAGGACUGUCAAAGCGGCGAAUAUCUAAAAAAGCGCGCUUAUUACAUCAUGUCUACACUUGGCUACGAAUAGUGGGCGAAAGCACCUUCGUCCUCCACGAUUACAGCCUCUCCUUUUCAUGCCUCGCGUCACUUGGCACUUCAUCACGAUCCCAUGCUUCUAGCCUGGCGAGCAACAACAAUACGAUAGUACCAAACGAGCCCAAUUCCAAGCUCGAUGACUUUCUGCGCCUUGAAAACCAAAAUUCAGACAGCGACCUCAACAUCGACGAACCCAAGGAUCGAGCCUCUGGGUUCCACGACAUACAUCUUCACGACUCCCGCAGCUUCCCCGAAACCCUAUACAAGCAAAUCUAUGGAAUCCCAGAAACAUGGCUCAGUCUAGUAUCUCAGACCACAAGACUGGCAAAUGUUUUGACGACAUUUCUAGUCGCCCGAAACUUGGGCAGAAAUAUCAGCCUCGAGGCCUGGGAAUGUAUACAACGCCGUGCAACGCGGCUGGAAAAUCUCAUCUGCUCUUUCAAUCUCGGUCUAGCGAGGGGCAGAGUCACUGAUCUCCAGGCCGCAUCCAAACCACAUGCGCACAUGUUGGAAGCUCUGAAUAGCGCGCUCGUCAUCUUCUUCUACCGCAGGAUUCGCGAAGCUCACCCGGCUGUCCUACAAGGGCAUGUCGAUAGCGUAAUUUACGCGCUCGGGGAAUGCAAAGCCUCGCUGUUAGAAGACGGCCCGACGGGGCCUGGGACAGCUUGGCCUGCUUUUAUUGCUGGAUGUGAAGCUCUCACUACGCCACGGCGUAACGCGAUUAUGCAAUGGCUCGAUGAUGCGAGCUCGACGUGUGGGUAUGCAUCAUUUGCUACAGCCCGCGACAUAAUGGUCAAAUCAUGGCAGAGACAAGAUGAGCACUUGGCAGCGAACCGAGGUGAUUCGAUGCCAUGUUGGAUUGAUAUUGUGAAAGAGGAGCAAAUUUGGCCCCUCUUCUGUUGA